AAGGUGUGCUUAAAAUGAUUUCUGCGUGUAUAAGAUUCGUAAUUAUCGGAAUUGCGGUAGCUAUUAUAAUAACAGGAAUAGUUGUAACAGUUGUAAUGACUACAAAAUCUGCUGAAUCAUCUGAAAUUGAAUGUUCAAACUUUGUGGGUCCAUUUUUAAAAAUUGAGGUGAAAGAGGACCUUGUUGUUAUAGAAUGGUCACGUCCGACCACUUCAAAUUGUGAAAUUACCUAUUAUCUUGAAGUAAAUAUGAACGGAGAAACCAACUACGAGGGAUAUAACACAACAGAUACGAGUUUAAUCAUAUCAAAAAGACCGAAAUUUUGUACGUUAAUUCAAGUUAGUAUAACGGCUCUAGGAAAAGAAACGGGUAUUGGAGCCUCUUCUUCAAGCAAGUUGGUUUUACCUAAAAAAGCGGAUGUUGAUGGUGCUAUAAUUAAAAUCGAAUCGUUUAGUUCUCAUUUAGAACAUCUCACUUGGACCAUUCAGCCAGAUUUUAAAGGUUGUGAACUUAGUUAUGAAAUUACAGUAAAUGAAUUUACGAACAUUCAGGAUAUUUUACCCAAUUCUCAUUGGUUUAUUAGUAGGGAAUUAUAUAAAUCAUGUAAGGAUAAUAUAGUUAAAUUAAAACCUAUAGUCGAAGGAAUCGUCGGAGUCGAUAUCGAUGUAAGUGAUGAAAUAGAAGUACAACCCACACAAAAGAAAAUUGAUUCAUCAAUCAACAUUAAUGCCAUAUACGAUUCAAAUAGCAUGAUAUUGAAAUGGACUGAUAAUUCUGAGAUGGAAUAUAAAGGGUGUGAAGUAAAAUACAAACUUACCAUAAACGAAAAAGAAUUUAUUAACUUCGAGACACCCAACACUCACAUCUUUACUUCUCAACAAUUAUCAAAACCAUGUAAAGCUAAUGUUAUUACAUUAACUCCUAUUGUUAUAGGAAUAUAUGGAGAAGUUAAUGGAAGUGAUAAAUAUGUGUCGGAGUUAAUUGAAGUUCCGUUACAAAAUAUACCUGAAAUAGAUGGCACAUUCGAAUUAUUUGGAUCAAAAAUAGCAAGAGUAUCAUGGGCAAUACAAGAAGGAUUUGAGACCUGUGAAUUAACAUACGAUUUGAAAUUAAUUGAAAAUUUUGAUGUUUUAGACUCAAUUAGUGAUUAUAAAGAGGAAAUUUUAUUUUGGGAACCCGAUGUGGGUGGACGAGAUGAAUGCGGUGUUUUAAAAGUUACGAUUACACCUAAAUAUAAGUCCGAUAUAGGAGAUAUUAAAGAAUUAGACUGUUUUAUUAAUUAAAGAUUUAUUAAAAACA